GCCUCCCGGAGAGGCACCGGCGGGCGGCGCUCCUUUUGUGUGUUUCUUUCCAAGGUGCAAGGACCCCCACCCCCACCCGCCUAGGCAGUCCUCCCCUAACCACCAGCCCUCUUCUCGUCGUCCUCAGUCCCUGCCAGCUGUGGGGGAACCAGAUCGCUUCCAGGAGGAGGGACAAGGUCGGUAGCCCCCUCCCCGGUGCGGGACCUGAGCCCAGUAGAGUCCAGGACCUCUGCUGCCAGUCAUGUGGGCUAGACUGUUGCUCCAUGUCGCCUACAUCUUGAUCCCGUUGCUGGGGUCUUCAGCCCGAGGCUAUACCGGGAGGAAGGCGCCAGGGCACUACUCUGCGGAGAGACGUCGUCUGGGGCCCCACGUCUGCCUCUCUGGCUUUGGGAGUGGCUGCUGCCCUGGCUGGGCCCCUUCCAUGGGCAGCGGGCACUGUACCCUGCCCCUCUGCUCCUUUGGCUGUGGGAGUGGCAUCUGCAUCGCUCCCAAUGUCUGUUCCUGCCAGGAUGGAGAGCAAGGGGCCACUUGCCCAGAAGCCCAUGGAUCCUGCGGGGAGUAUGGCUGUGAUCUCACCUGUAACCAUGGUGGCUGUCAGGAGGUAGCCCGAGUAUGCCCUGUGGGUUUCUUGAUGACUGAGACAGCUGUUGGUAUCCGGUGUGCGGACAUUGACGAGUGUUUAAGCUCAUCUUGUGAGGGUCACUGCGUGAACACAGAAGGUGGCUUCGUGUGUGAAUGUGGGCCAGGCAUGCAACUGUCUGCUGAUCGUCACAGCUGCCAAGACACUGACGAGUGCCUGGGAACACCCUGCCAGCAGAGAUGUAAGAACAGCAUUGGUAGCUAUAAGUGCUCCUGCCGCGCUGGCUUCCACCUCCACGGCAACCGACACUCCUGUAUAGAUGUCAACGAGUGUCGGCGGCCACAAGAGAGGAGAGUCUGUCACCACACCUGCCACAACACUGUGGGCAGCUUCCUGUGCACCUGUAGACCUGGUUUCAGGCUUCGAUCUGACCGUGUGUCCUGUGAAGCUUUCCCGAAGGCCGUUCUGGCCCCAUCUGCCAUCCUGCAGCCCCGACAGCAUCCUGCUAAGAUGUCCCUGCUCCUCCCUGAGGCAGGCCGGCCUGCCCUGUCCCCAGGACACAGCCCUCCUCCAGGGGCCCCAGGAUACCCCACUGGAGUUAGAACAAUCAGUCAGCCAUCUACCACCCAGGUCCUACCCACAUUCUUUCCCACACAGUUGAUAUCCACUCCAGUGCCAAGUUCCUCCCCACUGGGGACCCUUGGACCCCCCUCACUCCUCCAGGGGGCUGUAGGGACCCCUUCCUCACCUAGGGGUCCUGAAAGCCCAAAGCUGGGAGCAGGGUCCUCUUCCUGUUGGCACCUGGGAGCCACGUAUGAAUCAGGCAGCCGCUGGAACCAGCCCGGAUGUUCUCAGUGCUUGUGCCAGGAUGGAGAGGUGACCUGUGGAGGAGUAAGGUGUGACGCUACCUGUUCCCACCCAGUUCCCCCGAGAGAUGGGGGGUGCUGCCCCUCUUGCACUGGCUGCUUUCACAGUGGCGCUAUCCGAGCCGAAGGGGAUGUGUUUUCACCUCCUGAGGAGAACUGUACUGUGUGUGUCUGUCUGGCUGGAAAUGUUUCUUGUAUCUCUCCCGAGUGUCCCCCUGGUCCCUGCAAGGCUUCCCCACAGUCAGAUUGCUGUACUUGUGUUCCAGGGAGAUGCUAUUUCCAUGGCCGGUGGUACACGGAUGGGGCUGUGUUCAGUGGGGGUGGUGACGACUGUACCACCUGUGUCUGCCAGAAUGGGGAGGUAGAGUGCUCCUUCACACCAUGUCCAGAGCUGGAGUGCCCUCGAGAGGAGUGGCUGCUGGGCCCAGGACAGUGCUGUUUUACCUGUCGGGAACCCACACCCACCACAGGCUGCUCUCUGGAUGACAACGGGGUUGAGUUUCCGAUCGGACAGAUCUGGUCGCCUGGUGAUCCCUGUGAGUUAUGCGUCUGCCAGGCAGACGGCUCUGUGAGCUGCAAGAGGACAGACUGCGUGGACUCUUGCCCGCACCCCAUCCGGAUUCCUGGACAGUGCUGUCCUGACUGUUCAGCAGGCUGCACCUACACAGGUAGAAUCUUCUACAACAACGAAACGUUCCCGUCAGUGCUCGACCCCUGUCUGAGCUGCAUCUGCCUGCUGGGCUCAGUGGCCUGUUCACCUGUGGACUGUCCCAUCACCUGUACCUACCCCUUCCACCCGGAUGGCGAGUGCUGCCCUGUAUGCCACGACUGUAACUUCGAAGGGAGAAAGGUAGUGAAUGGUCAGGUGUUCACCUUGGAUGAUGAGCCCUGUACCCGGUGCAUCUGCCAGCUGGGAGAGGUGAGCUGUGAGACGGUACCCUGCCGGCCAAUCUGUACUGACCCCUCCUGCCCAGAUUCUGUGUUUCCUCUAGAAGAAAAGCAGCAACCAUCCCCUCAUGGAGAACUUGCCAAAGCUGCACGGAACGCCCGUGGAGACACUGAAGUCCCUGUCAACUGUAGCUCCUGCCCGGGGCCUCCAUCGGCAUCACCUACAAGACCCAUGGUCCACCUCCUGCAGAGGCUUUUAAGAACAAACCUGUCUAACAUACAGUCUGCAUCCCCAAGCCCUCCCAUAGCCCAGACCUCAUCCUCACCCCUGUUGGAGCCAGAGGGCAUAUCUCUUGGGAAGCCCAGAGCCUCCCAGCCCCCCGAGCCCUCAGCAGGGUCACCUGUCUCUCCUAGACUGUCCACUCUACCUCCAGCCAUUCCAGGGACUCCUUUGUCACCUGUCACUCCAGAAAGCUCUUCUUCAACCUUUGGGACUCAGACAGCAUUCCAGUGGCUUCUGUCUGCCACCCCCUUAACUGAGGCAGAAACACCUUCAAUGACCAAUGCUGACCUCUCAGAGACCCUCACCACUUCCUCGAGCUCUCAAAGGCUAUCUGCAGCUCUCCCGGACACCCCCAACCCUGUUCCCCAACAGUCCACAAUUGACACCCCAAAGAAGGAGAACUCUACUAUCUGAGUGGAUCACAAUGCCCGGGACAUGCCAGAUAGAGCUCUCGGCUCAUGGCCUCGAAUGUGGAAUGUGUGUGACCACAGGGGUAAAACCGGUGGGGUGUUCAGAGAAGACCUUAGAGUAAGAUGGUUCAUCUAUAAAUCAAGGAGAGAGGCACCAGAAGAAAUAACCCAAACACCCCCUGGCUUUGGACUUUCAGUCUCCAGAAUUGUGAGAACCUAUGUUUCUGUUUGGCCCCUGCCAUUGUCUGUGUUGGUCCCCGUGGCCCUGGCACACUAAGUCAGCAAUGUCCACCCUCACUCGGGCAGAGCCAUGCCUCGGGUGAUCCCAUCAGCGCAUACUCUUGACAUUGACGUCAUGUGACAUCCAUCCUAGAAGUGUUUUUGGACUUGUCUGUUAUCUCUGUCACUAUGCUUUGUUUUCAACACUGAUUUCAUGUAAUACUCAUGUCAAGAUGUGUUCAGAGCAUGUGUUAAGUCCCCAUGCCUAAUUUAAACACUGGACUGCUAAACCUCUCUCCUCACAAGUUCACAGUCCAGGAUGGGGGAUGGGGUGGGGCGGGGAGCAGGUGCUCAGAAAACAAGUGUACUUUAGGGUGUGAAGUAGGGAUGUCAGAGGCCAGUGAAGGCGGGGGCAGGGACAGGUGAGGGAGGGCAGAGCUUGCUCCCUUUUGCUUUCUGCGUAGCCCACACUUAGCACUUUUAUAGCAGUAGAUGCCCUUCCCCUUUCUAAUUCCCUGCUUUUAGAAGCUGGGUGGGGGUGGGGGUUGUUAUAUGUAGAUUCCCUGAGAAAAUCAACAAAUAACUUAUAGCUAAUAAAUAAGCAAAUAAAUAUAUUUGUCACAGUGGGAUUAAUAGGUCUAAAGGCAGGGAAGUUAUAGGACAGUAGGGUACCUGCCCAAGUGUUUGUGUGUAGCACCCACAGUGGCCAGCAGGUGUCAGCACUCAGCUGAUCCGCACCCAUCACUUUCUAUGUAAAGCCAUUCAGUUCAGAAAGAACUCAGCGAAGUUCCAGUAGACCUAUUAGAGACCUUUAUCUUUUGUAAAGUAAUGUUAGUUAAGGCAUGGUGGCUCAUACCUGUCACUGCAGAACUGGGCAUGCUGAGGUUGGGUGGUCAGGAGGUCAAGGCCACCCUGGGCUACAUGAUAUAUCUAGAAAAACAGAAAACAAGACUGGGUGUAAUGGUACAUACCUUUAAUGCCUAGGUUGGGAGGCAGAAGCAGGCUGAUCUCUAUGAGUACUAGGCCAGCCUGGUCUAUGUAGUGAGUUCCAGGAUAGCCAGGGUUCUGUAGAGAGACCCUGUUUCAAAAAUAACACCACUACCUCCCACAACAAACAAACACCGCUCCCCCCAAACAACACCCAAAGCCAAGCAAAGAUGUUUAACUUCCCCCAUUAUCUUAGCAUUGGCCACAGGGGCAGGGGGACGGGAGUCAGGAGUAGUAGUGGUGGGGAGUCAUUGAUGACUAAGAAAAGUAGAAUAAAAGUCCCCAGGAGAACUGUCUUCUCUGGAACCGC